AUGAGGGAAGUUAUCCCUGGGCCCGACGAUGUAGUGAUCAAAGUUAUUGUUGCGGGGAGUAAUGUCAGAGGUAAGCAGACUUAUUCAACGUGUACUCGAAAAGUAGUAGCUCAGACAGGUAUCUACUUUCUACAUUGGCUCCUUCUCAAGGCAUUGAAGAAGUCACUCAACAGUGGAGAUGAUAUCGCUGGCAUCGUUUAUUCCAUCGGCACGAAUAUGCAAAUAAAGAAUGAAUACUCUCUCGGAGAGCGUGUUGCUGCAUUUCAUCCAAUGAUGGGAUCGCAUGGAGCUUACGCCGAAUAUGCUGUUGCCCCAAUUCAAACUGUAAUGGAACUUCCAGAUGCAAUAACUUUUGAAGUUCCGUAUCAAAUCGACGACUCCGCGACCAUUCCACUAGUUGCCACAACGGCUGCACUUUCUCUGUUUCGCCGUCAGCAUUUGCCGCCUCCAUGGUCACCAAGGGCCGAUAGUGUGCCUCUUCCGCUCAUCAUCUAUGGUGCAUCUUCUUCCCUUGGUACAUUUGCAAUCAAACUAGCUCGCGCCUCGAACAUCCACCCAAUUAUUGCUACCGCAGAUGGCAGUUCUUGUCAUUUGCAUCCCCUUCUUGAUCCAUCUUCUGGUGACAAGCUAAUCGAUUAUCGCUUGGGCACUGAACAAAUGAUCAAAGCCACUAAAAUGGCCUUAGGGAGUUUGGAGUGCCAUUUGAGCUGA